AUGUUAGCAGUAGCUGAUGUGAAUAGUGACAACUUACCAGAUAUUAUCGUUGCAAACUAUGGUUCGAAUAACGUUGGUGUUCUUCUUAAUGGAGGCUCUGGCACAUUCCUUGCUCAAACUACUUAUACAACUGAUACUAAUCCAUACUCAGUAGCAGUAGCCGAUGUAAAUAGUGAUGGCAAACUGGAUAUUGUUGUUGCAAACUAUGGUUCGAACGACGUUGGUGUUCUUCUCAAUGCAGGCACUGGUACAUUUCUUGCUCAAACUAUUUAUGCAUCUGGUACUAAUCCAUACUCAACAGCAGUAGCUGAUGUGAAUAGUGACAGUAAACCGGAUAUUAUUGUCGCAAACUAUGGUUCGAACGACGUUGGUGUUCUCAUACAAUGUUAA